GUUAGAAGAAAUUUUAGAUAAAACUAAAAUUCAUCUCAAAAAAAGACCAAAUUGGCGUGAAUUAGAAAAGAAAUUUAAACUUGGAUAUGGGCGCAAUUAUGAUGAAAGUAAAGAUAAAGUGGCCGAUAAGAAGGCUUUCAUUAUUAAUGAUUGCGAAUUUGAUAUAUUUACUUCAGAUGAAUAUUAUUAUGACAAGAUAACGAUCUCUUCCACUGAUGAAUUAAUUCGAAAUAAAAGUUUAUUGUUAAAAGCUCAGACAGAAAUGCAAUACGCAAAAUUAGGUUUUUCAAUUGGAUCAGAAAAGAUUUCACAGGAUCAUUCCGGAACAUCAUCAAUUGUCCAGUUUAAAAAUUUCGGCAAGGCUGAAAUUUCCAUUCGAGAACAAGAUAUUAAACCCACGACGGAAUUCCAAAAUGCAGUGCAAGAAGCAAUUGAUUCACGAGAUCCAAAAAAGAUUAAUAAAAUUAUAGUAGAGUUUGGUCAAUUUAUUCCUACUAUUGUUCGAUUUGGAGGAAGGCUUCAUUAUAAGGAUAUAACACGCACUACAAAAAAUUCAGCAAAUGAUAAUAAAGAAGGUUCGGCAAACCUCAGUGUUUAUGGGCAAGGCUUAGAGUCUCAAUAUAAAUCCAAUGUAGCUAGUGGAAGCGAAAAUAUAAUGCAACGCGAAGAUUCAACCAUUUUCGGAGGAGACAAGACAAAAAUAUAUGAAAGUAAAGAAGAAGAAUGGGUAACUUCUUUACAAGACUUUAGUUAUUGGGAGCCAAUCGAAUUUCGUAAACCUGUAAGCAUCUUUGAAUUCUUAAAUAAGAAUUUGAAGAAAGAAAUAAAGGAAAUUAUUGGAAAAAGAAUUAUUUAUUCUAACGUUCAAGAUUAUAGUUUUAAAAUUAAUAAUUUACGUAACCACAUAGCCGAGUUAAAAAUGCCCAGAGAUAUGGAAAAAGUUUUCUCAGAUUCUGAUAUUGAUUCUCAAGUUUUUGCAACGAUUCUUAACUUGGAUGAAAAUAACGAUAUAUUCACUUACACAUUGUAUACUCCAGAACCUUUCUAUAUCCCAAAAAUUAUCAUUAAUUGCAUUCAAUCCAAUUAUGAGCGACAAAAAAAAUGCCAUAUUAAGAUAGGCUGGAUAAUUGUUGGGUAUAACACAAGCUUUAAUUCUGUUCUCUCGAGUUUUGACAUUCAUCUUCAAAGCACUAAGAAAAAAAUACAUACAUUAUCGAACAACUCGAACGAGAAACAUAUAUUCAAAAUAUCUGAGGACAAUCUUUUGGUAGCAUGUGGUGCCCCUGUAGUAUUUGACUGGAGCCCUGGUUGCGAGCGUUUGGUCAUUGGUCAUCAUUUUAGUCUUUGUAAAACCGAAAAGAAAACUUUUACAUGUCUUUAUGGAUAUGAUUUAGACGAAAAGAAUUAUUCAAUUUUGCCAAAUUUUGAAUUUAAUAUAUUGUUCUUUGUUGAACAUCCAAUUUCCGAAAUAUUUGAUCAAUUCAAAAUAGACCGAAAAUCAUCUGAAAAAAAAAACCUUUUAUCUAAUUUCAAAAAGAACAAGAAUAAAAAGCAGGAAACUGAUAAUGAUGGUAAUAAAUUACCAGAAUUUGUAAGCCUGUAUGCAGAUAACAAAAAUGAAUGUCAGCAAUGCUUUCCAGAAUUUAUUGCUAAAAAAUUCGAGCGCUUUAUUCUUGAACAACCUAAAUGCAAAAAUGCUCUUAAUAGAAGGCUUCAUGACCACUGUUUUGCUUCAGUUUUUAAUCCCGAAGUUGUUAAAAAGCAGAAAAUCAUUUGA